AUGGGUCAGGCAGUAAGCACCCCACUGUCUUUAACUCUUGAUCAUUGGAGAGAAAUUAAAACUAGGGCUUAUAAUCUAUCAGUGGAGGUCCGAAAGAGGCCUUGGCAAACCUUCUGCACCUCUGAGUGGCCAACUUUCGGUGUUGGCUGGCCACCCGAGGGAACCUUUAAUCUUUCUCUCAUUUUUGCAGUCAGACAGUGUGUUUACCAGGAACAAACUGGCCAUCCCGACCAGGUGCCAUACAUCAUUGUCUGGCAAAAUCUAGGCCAGUUUCCCCCUCCUUGGGUAAAACCCUGGGUCUCUGGGCUCCCUAAGACUACGGUUGCGGUUGCUCAGGAGUCCGGAACUCCUUGACAGGAACCGUUAGCCCCUCCCAAAAUCUAUCCAGAGGUAGAAGACCUCAUGUGGGGUGAUGCCCUACCUCCCCCUUACCCUGCACCUCAGCCAUUGCCACCAGCCCCCGAGGCGCCUGAGCCUGCGGUUCCCCCCCAACACUCUUCUGAGGGAGGUGAGGCAACUGGACCAGCGGCAGGGACCCGGAGUCAACGAGGCCGCAGCCCAGAGGGGGCUGACUCCACCGUAGCCUUCCCCCUCCGAAGCUAUGUAGGCGGUCCACCUCCGGGCCCAAAUGACCUCAGUCCCCUCCAAUAUUAGCCAUUUUCCUCAGUAGAUCUUUAUAACUGGAAAACUAACCAUCCCUCCUUUUCAGAAAAUCCUACAGGUUUAACAGGACUCCUUGAGUCCCUCAUGUUCUCCCACCAACCCACAUGGGAUGAUUGCCAGCAGCUUCUGCAGGUCCUCUUCACUACAGAGGAGAGGGAGAGAAUCCUGUUAGAGGCCCGCAAGAAUGUCCUUGGGCAGGAUGGGACUCCCACCGGUCUCCCCAACCUCAUAGAUGCAGCUUUCCCACUGACUCGCCCCAAUUGGGAUUACAACACAGCGGAAGGUAGGGAGCGUCUCCUGAUCUAUCGCCGGACUCUAGUGGCAGGUCUCAAAGGAGCCGCUCGUCAGCCCACUAAUUUGGCUAAGGUGAGAGAAGUCCUGCAGGGACCAAUGGAGCCACUCUCUGUCUUUUUAGAACGCCUCAUGGAGGCAUACCGGGACUCCAGGACUAUACCCUACAGGACUUAGUAAAGGAAGAGAGAAAGUGUAUCACAAAGAGAGACAGAGGAAGAGAAGCAGAAUAGAAAAAAGAGAGAAAUAGAGGAAAGGGAAAACCGGCGUAACCGCAGACAAGAAAGAAAUUUAACCAGAAUUUUGGGCACAGUAGUAGGUAAUAAAAAGUCAGGAACUGGACAGUCAGGGUACCUGGGCAACGGGGCCAAAAGACCACCGGGAGAAAAAAAAGAUUCUCACUUGAGAAGGACCAUGGUACUAGGAGCCACUGGUAGCAAAUUUUACCCCUGGACCACCAAGUGUGUUCUAGAAAUUGGAAAAAAACAAGUGACUCAUUCUUUCCUGGUGAUCCCUGAGUGCCCUGCCCCCCUCCUGGGUUGGGACUUACUCACUAAACUUAAGGCUCAAGUACAGUUUACCCCCAAGGGGCCAGAAGUGACUUGGGGGGAGACACCGGUAGCUUGCCUGGUUCUAAAUCUAGAAGAAGAAUAUCGCCUCCAUGAACAAGAGCACAAGCAAUUAUUACCAGCCCCCGAAUGGUUGUCUGAGUUUCCUGAAAUAUGGGCUGAGCAAGCAGGGAUGGGAUUAGCCAAACAAGUACCACCAGUUGUGGUAGAAUUAAAGGCAAAUGCCUCCCCCAUAUCCAUAAAACAAUAUCCUAUGAGCAAGGGGGCAAAGGAAGACAUCCGGCCACACAUUCAGAGACUCCUAAACCAAGGAAUCUUGGUACCUUGUCAAUCUCCAUGGAACACCCCUCUCCUGCCAGUACGAAAGCCUGGGACUAAUGACUAUCGACCAGUGCAGGAUCUGCGAGAGGUCAAUAAAAGAGUACAGGACAUACACCCAACUGUUCCGAACCCUUACAAUUUGCUAAGUUCUCUUCCACCAGAUCGAGCUUGGUACACUGUCUUGGAUUUAAAGGAUGCUUUCUUCUGCCUCCGGUUACACCCUAAUAGUUAAGCCCUGUUCGCCUUCGAAUGGAGAGACCCAGAAGGGGGAUAUACAGGCCAAUUAACCUGGACUAGACUGCCUCAGGGAUUCAAGAACUCCCCUACCCUCUUUGAUGAAGCGCCCCACCGCGACCUUGCACCUUUUAGGGCACAGAACCCUCAGAUCUCUCUUUUAUAGUAUGUAGAUGACCUACUGGUCGCAGCCUCCACUUAGGAACUAUGCCUUGAUGGAACCAAGAAGCUCCUGAACGAAUUGGGUGAGUAGGGGUAUCGGAUAUCGGCCAAGAAGGCCCAGUUAUGUCGCACCGAAGUAACCUAUCUAGGGUACACUCUGCGAGAAGGGAAGCGGUGGCUUACUGAAGCCCGAAAAAAGACUGUGAUGCUGAUCCCGACCCCCACUACCCCACGCCAAGUACGUGAGUUUCUGGGAACAGCGGGUUUCUGUAGACUCUGGAUACCGGGGUUCGCAACGCUGGCGGCCCCUCUGUAUCCGCUUACUAAAGAAAAAAUUCCUUUCACAUGGACUGAGGAACAUCAAAGAGCCUUUGACAGUAUAAAAACAGCCCUGCUUACAGCCCCAGCUCUGGCUUUGCCAGACCUAACCAAGCCUUUCACUCUAUAUGUUGAUGAGCGGGCUGGUGUGGCUCGUGGGGUCUUGACUCAGACUCUGGGACCAUGGAAACGACCUGUAGCUUACCUGUCAAAGAAACUAGACCCUGUUGCCAGCGGGUGGCCUUCCUGCUUAAAAGCCAUUGCAGCAGUAGCUUUGCUUGUCAAAGAUGCUGAUAAACUCACCAUGGGCCAACAAGUGACUGUGACCGCCCCCCAUGCCCUAGAGAGCAUCAUAAGACAGCCUCCUGACAGGUGGAUGACUAAUGCCCGGAUGACUCAUUACCAGAGCCUGUUAUUAAAUGACCGAGUGACUUUUGCCCCACCAGCCAUUCUCAACCCUGCCACCCUUCUCCCUUUGACAGGUAACGCUACCCCUGCACACCGCUGUGCUGACAUCCUGGCCGAAGAAACUGGGACAAAAAAAGACCUGACUGACCAACCGUGGCCAGGAGUGCCUAAUUGGUACACUGACAGUAGCAGUUUUGUAGUCGAAGGAAAAAGAAGGGCGGGGGCGGCGGUGGUGGAUCAUAAGCAGGUAAUCUGGGCAAGUAGUCUUCCAGAAGGGACGUCAGCUCAGAAGGCAGAACUCAUGGCGUUAAUCCAGGCCCUGCGGCUGGCAGAAGGUAAGACCAUCAACAUCUAUACUGAUAGCCACUAUGCUUUCGCCACAGCCCACAUUCAUGGGGCCAUCUAUAGGCAAAGGGGCUUGCUCACUUCCGCAGGCAGGGAGAUAAAAAACAAAGAAGAAAUUCUUGCCCUCCUUGAGGCUAUACAUCAGCCCAAGAAAAUAGCCAUUAUCCACUGCUUGGGCCACCAAAGGGGACUUGAUUCGGUAUCUCAAGGGAAUCAGAGGGCUGAUGCAGCNGCGAAACAGGCGGCCCAGGGAGCACAGAUUUUAGUAGAACAGAAAGAAGCGGCAUUUCCCGACCCCCCUCUCCCCAUCGGUCCCAGUUACACCUACUCAGACCAAGACCUGCGGGAUGUAGAAUCGAUGGUCUGCCACAGCAAGGCCCGGGAAUUUCACUUCCAUGGAUUAGCACAAACCUUAGAUGGACGGAUUAUCUCGCCCACAGAAGAAGGAAAAAAAUAUGUUCAAAAAUUGCACCAACUGACCCAUCUAGGCCCAGACAAACUGACUCAACUGAUCCGGUCUUCCAAUUAUUAUAUCUUGAGACUUAAGGCCAUAAUAAGAGAAGUCACUGAAUCCUGCACGGCCUGUGCCCUCACUAAUGCGACUCGGCCUUGCCUACCGCAAGGAAAACGCCAGUGUGGGGACAGGCCAGGAGUCUACUGGGAAGUAGACUUUACAGAAGUUAAACCAGGAUUGUAUGGUAACAAAUAUAUACUAGUGUUCAUAGAUACCUUCUCUGGGUGGGUAGAAGCCUUCCCCACUAAAGCUGAGACCGCUCAGGUGGUAGCCAAGAAAAUCCUCGAAGAAAUUCUGCUGCAGUUUGGAAUUCCUAAGGUAAUUGGUUCAGAUAAUGGACCCGCUUUCGUUGCCCAGGUAAGUCAGGGACUGGCCUCACACCUGGGGACUGAUUGGAAAUUACAUUGUGCAUAUAGACCCCAGAGUUCAGGACAGGUAGAAAGAAUGAAUAGGACCCUAAAAGAGACCUUGACUAAAUUGUCCAUUGAGACCGGUGGUAGAGACUGGGUGGCCCUCCUUCCCUUUACGCUUCUCCGAGUCCGGAACACACCUGGACGUUUCGGACUCACCCCUUAUGAGAUCUUGUAUGAGGGACCGCCCCCCUUGACCAGGUCUGAUGGGAUAUUGGAUCCCAACAUUGACCCGUCCUUACCUUCUACUUUGUUUGCUCACCUAAAGGCCCUAGAGGUUGUCAGAACCCAGAUUUGGGACCAGAUCAAAGCGACCUACGCCCCAGGGGACACCACGGUACCCCACAAGUUUCAGAUCGGAGACUCCGUCCUUGUCAGACGACACUGUGCUGGUACACUUGAGCUCCGGUGGAAAGGACCCUUUCUGGUGCUACUGACGACCCCCACAUCAGUAAAAGUAGACGGAAUCGCCACUUAGAUCCAUGCCUCCCACGUCAAGAGAGCCGCCAAUCAGGAUAAAGAAAACCAACAACAAGAUGACUGGAUGGUGGCUACUACUGAUAAUCCUCUUAAGCGCCUGCUGCACAGAGAUGGCCCUCCCAACUCUCCUAAUCCUCACACUCCAUUUCACCUGUGGCAACAAUACCAGAUCCUACAAGAGACUGAAACAUCACUCUAA